UUCAAAUUAGGGUGCUUUACUUUUCGCGGGUUUCUUAGUCAUGACCCUUGAAACAUUCCAAUUCGGGGUUUUCAGCCAAGUAUCAAGUACGGCAUCCUAUACCCAAAUCACUCCCUCGAAACUUCUUCUCUUUUGUUGAUUCUGAUUGCUUCAUUGUUUGCCCCACUUUUGGUUUUUCUGAAUCUCCCCUUUAUUUCAUUCUUCUCUCUUGUUAUGUCUGUUUCACACUUGAAACAAAACCGUUUGGUUUCUAUUGUAUCUGUAUCUGUAUCUGAAUGGGUCGGUUUGAAUUUCUCUGUUGCUGGUUAAGUUCCUUUUAAUUUCCAGUAGUUACAGAGUUUUCUUUACGCAUUUCAAUUGGGUUUUCUUUCUUUUGUUCCUCUGUGCUUUUCACCUUUAUUUUCUGCUUCAAAUUUGAUACCGUGUCUUAUUUUCAAAUGGGGUUGUCUUGUUUCUGGACUUAAAGGGUUUUUCCAUGCUCUUUGCCACUGUCACGAGGUAAAUAUUAUAAUUUUUCUGUUUUUUGUCAACACAAAAUUUCUAACACAUUUCCAAUUGUUUUUUCCCCGUUUGAAUUUGGGUUUUUCACAUUGGAGGUAACUUUCUUUCUGAUUGCUUUCAUUUGAAUUGGUUUGUUUACUUUAUUUUCUUGAUUGAUAUCAUUGUAUGUAUGUUCUUAAUAUCACAUAUGUAUAAAUCAAAGGAGAAAGUUAAGGAUAUAGUCAUAUCAAGAGGUGGAGAAGGUGAUCCCUCCUCAGGUUUAGAGGAAGAUCAAUUCUCCACGCGGAGGACUAAAUUAAUCCAUCCUCCCAUUGAAACACACUGGAAUUUCCCUUCUCGAGAAGAAUACAAAAGGUCUUCAGUUUCAAAAUUAAGCAUGUUAGCUUACCCAUUAAAGUUCCGGGAAUCCCUGAAGAAAUUUAAGAAGAGAAAAGAUUUGAAAGCAAUUCUUGAAGGAGUUCAUGAUCCAAAGGAUGAGCAGCUGGUUGAAUCUUUCCGUGAAUUGCUUCCAUGUGAUGCUCAGCUACAAGAGAAGCAAAAUGAUUAUCAUACCCUUUUACGAUUUCUACGAAUGAGGGAUUUUGAUAUUUUAAAAGCAAAAACUAUGUUCUUGAAUUAUCUUAAGUGGCGUGAGGAAUUCAGGGUUGAUACAAUCUCUAAGGAAUUUAAGUUUGAGGAAUGCCCAGAAGUCAAGAAAUGCUAUCCUCAUGGAUUUCAUGGAGUUGAUAGGAAGGGUAGACCAUUAUACAUUGAAAGGACUGGACUAGUUGAUCUUAAUGCUCUCUUGCAACUAACUACUAUUGAAAGAUUUGUGAAGUAUCAUGUGUCUGAGCAAGAAAAAACAUUGAAGUUGAGGUUUCCUGCAUGUUCAGUUGCAGCUAAGAGGCAUAUAGCUUCUUCAACGAGUAUAAUAGAUGUGAAAGGAGUUGGAGUUUCAAACUUCUCAAGGCCUGCAAGACAUCUCUUUAUGGAGAUUCAAAAGAUUGAUAGCAAUUAUUACCCCGAGACUCUUAAUCGACUUUUUAUUGUGAAUGCUGGAUCUGGGUUUAGGGCCCUCUGGACAGCAAUCAAGGCAUUUCUUGAUGCGCGCACAAUAGCAAAGAUUGAGGUUCUAGGAAGCAACUACCAGAGCAACCUGGUUGAAUUCAUUGAUCCUAGCAAUUUGCCAAGUUUUCUCUGUGGAAACUGCACAUGUUCUGGCUAUGGGGGUUGCCUGUUUAGUGAUAAAGGACCCUGGAAUGAUCCCGAAAUUAUAGAGAUGCUUCAGGCAGCAGUUGAAAAUGAAGAUGAAAACAAUGAUGAAGAAGACGGUGAUGAGGCUUCAGAAGAAAUGGCCCACCUUUAUACAAUGCAGGGAAAAAAACAAAUUAGAGACUUCUACAAUGCAGACGUAGAGCAAUACAGUGAACAAAACUAUAUGGACAAGUCUGUGUUAGACAACAUCAAGGAAUUGGAGACUGCACUUCAUGACACUAAGCGAAAAAUCCAAGCACUGGAAAUGGCACUUGAGGACACCAAGAUGGUCUUGCAAGGACUUGCCAAGAAUGUAAAAGGUCUGAAAAUUUGAACAUGUUACCAAUUCAGUGCCUUAAGAUUGAAAAAAGAAAAAAUGAAAAAAAAAAAAAAGCAAAUGAUGAAAAGUGGAAGUAACCUCCAAGGAUUGGAUUGGGAAACCAGAAGGCAAAUGUACCAUGUUGAUUUGUUUUUUCUUCAGAGACAAUAACACUUGUGAGAAGUUUGGAUUUUUACAUGGGUUGAUGUUCUUGAACUCAAUGUCUAUAAGGGAUUAGUACAUGUGGGUUUGUUUGGUAA